AUGAACGCGAAGCGAGAGAGGUACGGCGACGAGGGAUCGUACGAAAAGGCGGCGUGGGGCGGCGACACGAUCGGCGUGAGCGACUUGGAAGACACGAUCAAGGAGUACCUGAUCGAUCACGGCAUCGAAAAGAACGUCACGAUCGAGUGGCACGACUCCCUCGCGACGCCGUCGAUGACGAUGAGCCUGGGGCGAAGGAAAGCGCACGGGGUGCUGCACAUGCCGUCGAAAGCGUCCACCGGAGGGUUUUUCCGAAGGGAGUGGAUCCAAGCGCUGUUAGACCACGAGAUUGGGACGCAUUUCGCGUGCGCGAUCAACGACGCGCACGCGUCCGAGUACGUCCGCGGGACGUUCAACACCGCGUCGCAUUGGGCGCUUCGAGGGCGAAACGUCACCCCGAGGGAGCACCUCGUCACCGAGGAAGGCCUCGCGACGUUGAACACGCACAUGUCCGCCAAGGUGAAGCUCCUGUGGGGCCCCGCGCUCGCGUACUGGACGCGGUGGAUGGGCACGCAGCUCGGGUUUUCGUCGUUGUUCGAGGCUUUGGAGCCGUACGUCCCGGAGCUGAGCCGUCGUUGGCAGCAGUGCUAUCGAUGUAAGCGAGGGUUAUCGGACACGUCCGAGAAGAAGUCGCUCGCGAAGGACCAGUGUUACCUCGAGGGCGCGUGGAGGCUGUUAGAGGGAAGGAAGCACUUGGAUUUCAAGCUCCUGCACAGCGGUCGGAUCGCGCUGGAGGAGUACCCGGACGCGAAGAGCGCUUGGUUGCGAUUCACGCACGCGUCCGUGUCCAAAGGCGUGUUUACCAUGACCCCGCACUUCCUGCGAGAGCCCGGGAAGUACGCCGCGCACUUGGAGGAGAUCGCGGUCGAGAACGGCGUCGAGGCGAAGGCGGACCCGCUCGCGCGCGUCAAGCGAAGCACGUACACGUAG